GACAAAGCACCGGGCGCAAAAUGCUACUUCACCCACAGUUUACUUCCAAAUUAUAUUGAGCCGAGCCUACCUCCAACGAAGAAGAAACCCUUUUCCAUCUUCUUAGCUCAGCCAUUCACCCAUACAUUUGACUUGAUUCUUCCUGAAGAAAUAUACGAGCUUUGUCAGCAAGAACUUGAUGGCGAUGCAGGAACUCUACAUUAUGCACGAGUUAACAUGACCUUGCUCGAGGUGAUCUCGGGAGACUUCUUCACGAACUACAUCAAGAAAGGAAACAUCAUGAUGCUCUCAGAAGGCCGCCCGACGGUCGACAACGUCUUUUCCCUUUAUGAAGGCAUAUUGAAACUCGAGCUGGACCGCCCGACCUACGAACGGUGUGGGCUCGUAGGUAAGCCCAUAGAGGACGGAGGAAAGAAACACAAGAAAGCACGAUAUGUCGUCGAGCUUGACCUCAGAUCGCCCUCAAUGCUACACGGCAAGCGCGGCUUCGAGCGUCUUAUCCGGGCCUGCAGAGAACAUCUCAGCGAUUCCCUCACGUGGCUUUUCCACGACCUGCAGCCUUCCACGGAAAGCAACGAGGAAACUCCGAUAUCUGCAUUCCACGCCAUCAUUAAAACUAUCAAACCAACCACCACGCCCCUUCCCUCAACAAAAUCACCCGUGCUUUCCUCCGCCAACCUCCCGGAUACCUACGACCCCGACGACUCGGCAUCUCUACUCGAGUAUCUGCACCUCCUCUCCCUAUCCUCCCCCCGCCUCCACGCCUCCGACUCCAUCGACCCCUACCUCAGCCGCUACGAAGUGCCUGAGUUCGGCGAGCACAGCGGCACCGAAGUGCGCAAUCUAGUGAAGCUGCGCUGGCACGGCUUCAUCCCACCGCUGUUCGUGAGGCGGCUGUUUCUGGAUGUGCUGAAG